AUGGACGGCCGCGGCGCCGACGCCAACCCCAUGGCGCACGUUUUCCAGGCCAUCGACGAGGAGCUGGAGCUGGUCAAGUAUGACACUUGGAACGUGAUUGCGCCUGAGGGCACCUUCCUGACUCGCAUCGGGAACGACAACUUCUUCCAGGUCCUGGAUGACAUGGGCAAAGGGCCCGCCGCCAAGGCGGACUGGGCGCGGCUGCAGGCGGUUAUGAAGCCGCUGGCCAAGGCUGCCACGCUGCUGCCCCCCGUAGCAUUCAGAUACGACCCAGGCGUCCUUGUCAGCGCCAUUGGGCGCUACCUCCCCAAGCUGCUCACCGGCGGCCCCGAUGCUCUGAAGCUCACAGGGCCCUUCAGCAGGAGAAUCUAG